AUGACAAAUGUGGAGGAAUCGCAGUUGUCUGCUCGUCGUCGGAGAAGGUGGGCACCCAAGCUCAAAUCUGGGUGUAUGACCUGCAAAAUUCGCAGAGUUAAAUGCGAUGAAGAAAAGCCUCAUUGUCGGCGAUGUGUCGCGACAGGUCGGAAAUGUGACGGAUAUGCUCACCCGCCUUUCGCAGUAGAGGUUUCCAGAUCAUGCCACGACAAUAAUUCGUAUCGACAGCAACUUGUCAAGUGCGACCUCGUCGGUCCUGGAAGUUUAUCUCCUUUGUUUGGGAAUCACCCCCUGGACGAAGUGACAAUCCCAUAUUCGCAUCUUUCAGAGCGAACUGAUGGAUUUCCCCUACUGUCUGGACGGAAAUUUCCCCUACUAUACCCCCUGGCUGAAUCGUGGAAUACCCACUUCAUGCCAUUCGUCAUAAAUAGGUUCAAACAACCAUUUGAAAUGGCCAAAAGCAUCUACAAGACUGUGCCCGAUGUCCUUUCCAAAGCGGAGGAGCAGUCUGCUCUGUAUCAGGCCUGCAACGCCGUCGCAUGCGCUUAUAUGGCCAGCAUUACCCGGACUUCGAAGGCAGCCUCGGAUCGAACCAAAGCAUACGGAUUUGCGCUUAUGGCCACCCGUUCGGCCAUCCAGAAUCCUCAGCGAUGCAAAAGCGACAAUACGUUAUUAGCCGUAUGGCUGCUAGGAUUAUACGAGCUCCUCUUGGGCGUACGAAAUGGCACUGAGCCAGUCGCGACUCCUGGAUGGCAGAUCCACAACCAGGUGUUGUCAAAGUUGAUUUGCGUGCGUGGCUCGGAACAGUUUACUACCCGGAGAGGGCGGAAUCUUUUUUUUGCGAUCUUUACUAACAUUGAAACCCAAGCAUUCAUGUCUGGCCAAGAAUGUACAGAGGCAUUGACAUGGUUUCUUCAGUUCCAUAAAUAUUGCGAACCGUCAGAAUACCCAAUACUCCGGGCAUUUAUUUUUUCGCACCACUGUGCCCGCGUCUGCAGCCGCAUUCGCGCUCUAGUUGAUAGAGGUGACCUCAACGAGGUGCUGUCCAGCUCUCCGUCCAUCCUACAAGACAUGGAAGAAGUGGAACAAGCAAUUCAUCCCUUGUCCCACGAGGAAGCGGUGGCAAGCUAUGUGGUAGAUCCCCCAAUGACUCCGUACGCUCGACCGAAGCAGGCAUACCCCUGUUAUGUCGGUGUCCACAUCAUCCAAAGCAACUUCCGCAUCCGCCUCUCAUACGCAGUCUUGGAAUUCUUGGGGUAUGCAUGUAAGGCCCCGGGUUGUACGCCUCAGCAGAGAAUGGUUUUUAAGCGGUACCAGAAUCGCUGCGUCGAGGAGAUCGAAGCUCUUAUGGAUAAAGUCUCACGUAUCAUGGAGAUGCUGCCUGAUGUGAGGUCUGAUGUGAGGUCUGAUGACCUCCUCAAUCGGAGGAAAGACGUAGCGGAUGAACUGGACGGCAAAUAUCUCCGCACUGGAGAGUCAGCAGACUCAGUACAAGCUCCGUUCAAAGAACCACGCGAGCGAUCUACCCGAACUGUGAGGGUUUCUUUUGACCUUCAAGAGCCAAUAGAUGGGAAAUCCACUCUACUAUUCAAUCACACUGACUGUGGAAUGUCCAUUCUCCGGUUUUGGUUCGUGAAUGAUACAGAAACACAAUAG